UGGAUUAUAUGCAAAUGCUGAGUGUGGUGAUAGGGCUUCCUGUAAUGUGUCUGCAAUACUACGUCUCAACAUUCAAAAAGGAAGUAAAUGAUGCAGAGAAGAAACUACAUGUUAUCUGUGUGGUUGUUCGGGACCAGGGCAGCUAGAAGUAAUCAUAGCUGCGCUCCAAAAUGAUCUCCUGUAAAUAAUUAAUUUCACACACACUGAAAGGGAAGAUUUCACAGCCUCUCAGCUGGAAGCUGUGAUCUGAAGGGCUGUCGAGCAACUCGCACAGACUGUGGAACUUAUUCCAAUCCCUCAGCUCACACCCUGGGUGAGACAGCAAGUCCAGCUCCCCACAAUGAGACCUAACUCUCAGCCAGGCUGCACCGCUCUGAACAACCCCUCCCGAUCCUCCACACUGCCAUUACAGGAUGGUAAGUCAGAUGUGAAAGCUCUGAUGGCGAGGUUUGGCAACAAGCCUGUGGAGGAGACAUCUGCUAUUGGCCCCCGGCCUGUCAAGUUUACUCCCCACUCUUCACUCCAAGGAAACAUGUCUUCAGUCGCCAGCAAAGCUGCUGGGUUUGAAAGCUCCUCGGCUCCCAAGUUUCCAGCACUCAGGUCGACAGGAUCUUUCAGCGAGAAAGCCAGUCAUUCUGCACCCAACCUGACCUCAGACAAGCCUGCCUUUCCCAAACCAUCAGCUCUGAAAGCUCAGUUUGAGGGACUCCAGAAGGAAACCAAUGAUUGCAAGCCUCCAUUUAUAAAACCCAACUUGGGGAGUAAGUCUUCACUGAACACCUUCACUGCUCAGAAAGAUGAGAGAGAUGAGAGGGCUCAUUUCACAAAGCCUCACUUUGGGCUGAAGCCCACAGUGGACUCAGCCGAUUCACACAAAGAGAAUGAAGUCCGAUCAGGCUUUGUGAAACCAUCUCAAUUUUCCAAACCAUUGAAUCCUGUAACUUCCCACGAAGCCAAGCCAGCCUUCCCCAAAUCCCAAUUCCCAAAGCCAACAAAUUCAGGCAAUGUAAGCGAAGACAAACACUUGAAGCCUGUAUUCUCCAAACCACCGACCGGGUUGAAGCCUUGGAAUGAAUCUAGCAGCUCACCGAAAGAAAACACAGAAGACAUUGGCAAAGAGGACAGCGGGAUUGGGAGAGGCACUGUGCCCUUUACUUUAAAGGCACUCAAGCCUGUGAAUGAGCGAGGGAGAUUUCCCAGUCAGACCAGCGAGGACAAGGCAGCAACACCCAACGAGGGUGGCAUCAGGCCCAGUGGCCUGAAGAGCUUCCCCCCAAAACCCAAACAGGAAGAAGCCACCCCAUCACACUCUGGGCCCAGCAAGAUCCAGAAACUGCAGAACCAGUUCCUGAACAAGGUGCAGAGUCAAGAGCUCGAGGAAGGGGACAAGGAUCCAAAUGUCCCCAAACGGAGACCACUUCCUGCUCCUUGGACCUUGGGGGCCCCACCUCAGAAACCCAACAGACCCCCGACGGUGAACUUGGACCUUUUCCGACAGCCCCAGUGGAAGGAAUCCCCGAUACUUCCAGUUUCCAACCGUCCUGCCAAUAAGAUACCACCUACACCUAGUCCCAUGGCACCCAAUCUGCCACCUCGCCCUCUGACCAGCAAACCACCUGAUAUCAUCCCAACAACGGAAGAGGAUGAAAACUAUGAUGACGUCCAAAGUGUUGGGCCACCACCUCUUCCACCAAUGAAACCAGAAGAUCGAAGGAUUCAGGCAGCUUCCAAUAAUCCUGAGGAGAAAGAUGAAUCUGAUGGAGAAAUGUAUGAAGAUUUGGACAACUACAGGUCACUGAAGGAACUGAAAGAACAAGAGAGGAGAAAGGAGAAGGAAGAUAAGAGACGACAAGAGCAAGAGAGAAAAGAGCAGAAAGAGAAAGAAAAGAGAGAUCUGGAGAUGAGGAAGAAAUUCAAGCUCUCAGGGGCGAUUGAGGUGAUCCAGAAUGUGAAGGUCACGAUGGAUUACAAAGGUGGAAAGAACGAGCUGUCGUGCAAGCAGGGCGAGUGGCUUGAGGUCAUCCGUAUCACAGACAAUCCUGAGGGCAAAUGGCUGGCCAGGUCACUGGAUGGUUCCUAUGGGUACAUUAAGGUGACGUGUGUGGAUGUCAACUAUGAUGAGAUAAGGAAGAAAACAGGCAUCAGGCCAAAGGAAUCCAUGCCCAUCAUGCAGCAACCAGUCCAAGAUCAGGAACUCUAUGAUGAUGUUGCACCAAACGAUGACACGGGUCCCGGGAGCAGUACAGGGGGCAGUGGGGUCUUUCCUCCUCCUCCUUCCGGUGAAGAAAUCUAUGAUGACGUUGAUGGUAUACCUGAAGACAUUAAGCCUAGCCCUGCAUCACAGGAUGCCUCAAAGGUUGGGUCCUGGUCCUGGGGACUCCUGAAGAAGAAGAAGGCGGAGAAAAAUGACAAAGACAAAAAGGCGAAAGAAAAGGAGAGAAGUGAAGUUCAGGGUGAAAGCGGUGAACGCCAACUCCCGUCCAAUGCUCCACCUGCAGAGCUUGCUGACGGGGAAGAUGUCUACGAUGAUGUUGGCGCUGAAGAAUUCCCACCUCCGCCUCCUGAAUUCAGUUUGCUAAAGUCCUCAAAGGCACCAAUACUUGGUAAAGGCAAAAAAGAUGAGAAAGAUCACAAAAAAACCAAGAAGAUGGAGAAGGAGGAAAAAGAAUUCAGGAAAAAAUUUAAAUAUGAUGGAGAAAUUCGAGUUCUAGGAACUGUUGAGGUUAUCCAGAACUUAACGGCUAGGAAAUGGGCCAACCGAGAGCUGCCAGUGAAAGCAGGCGAAGUGUUAGACAUUAUUCAGCACACCGAUGACAUAAAACUGCUCUGUCGGAAUGAAGAUGGAAAAUAUGGAUAUGUUCAAAAAGCCAACUUAGCAUUAGGAAAUGAAGGGGACGGCGAGAUCUAUGACGAUAUUGAUGCAGAAUGUAUUUACGAUAAUGACUGACCAUAACUCAAACAAAUUGGAAAGAGCUGCCAGAAUCCAGUUCGCCCACACCUCCUUCCAUUUGCGCUGUUUAACAAUCCAGAACUUGUACUCUGCAAAGAAAAGAGACCUGCAGAUUCUUCAGCUAUCAACAUCUUGCUUCUCAAAGACUAACUGUAAGCUGAUCCCCGUCUCCACAGGGAUGAUCCAUAAAACAAAAGAUGACAUUAGUUACAUUAUGCAGCAUGAUUGAUAUUUGAGUCGAUUUUUUUUAACCAUUGUGAAUCAUGGAUUUCCUUCAGGAAUAGGAAUUAUUUAUAUAAAUGUGAGUGUUUGAACUAAUCCAAUAAUGUUGAACAUUGAGCAAUUUUUAUUAUGUUGUUUUUCUUCCUGAGAAUAAUAUUUUGUACACUUGAUUUGAUAGGUUGCAUUACUGCUGUUGAACUACUCCUCAAUUCCAGUGAAUAAAAUAUAUUUUGAGGUAA